AUGGACAAUACUUUUUUGAUGUUAUUCCAAAUCUAUGAGCCACUUAUAGUAUCUCUCUUCUUCGCCUCCACCAGUGAGCGGCGGCGAAGCCACCGCCAUGACCGCCUCCGCAUCCCUCUUCGCCAUUCGUGUAUAUCAUCUAAAGCAUUUAAAUAUUCCCUUCGAUUGAAACCUUUCCAUUCACCAGCUAUCUAUCGAAACCCUGCUGUUCGUAUUUCCGCCUCUUCGAUGAGCGUUGAAGCUUCCGAGAAAUUCUCGAAACAUUCUUUCUUGGAACGGAAAGAGACUGGAUUUCUUCAUUUUGUCAAGUACCAUGGCCUUGGCAACGAUUUCAUCUUGGUUGACAACCGAGAUUCUUUGGAGCCUGGGAUUACUCCUGAGCACGCAGUGAAGCUCUGUGAUCGUAACUUUGGCGUUGGUGCCGAUGGAGUCAUUUUUGCAAUGCCUGGAAUUAACGGGACUGACUACUCCAUGAGGAUUUUCAAUUCCGAUGGUAGCGAGCCUGAGAUGUGUGGUAAUGGAGUGCGAUGCUUUGCCCGGUUCAUUGCUGAACUUGACAAUAUAAAAGGAAAACACAGUUUUACUGUACACACUGGUGCUGGUCUAAUUGUUCCUGAAAUUCAAGAUGAUGGUAAGGUUAGAGUGGAUAUGGGUCAACCAAUACUUAAUCCAUCUGAUGUACCUACUACACUACCAGCAAACAAGGAUCAAGCUGUUAUCAGAUCAGAACUACCAGUCAAUGGAUUAACCUGGAAUGUGACUUGUGUUAGCAUGGGAAACCCACAUUGUGUAACUUUUGGAACAAGAGAAAGCCAGAAUUUGCAGGUCGAUGCAUUAAAUUUGGUAGAAAUUGGUCCAAAAUUUGAGCAUCAUGAAGUUUUCCCAGCUCGAACUAACACGGAAUUUGUGCAAGUCCUCUCUCGUUCACACCUGAAAAUGCGUGUUUGGGAGCGUGGUGCUGGUGCAACACUAGCUUGUGGAACUGGAGCUUGUGCAGUUGUGGUUGCUGCAGUUCUUGAGAAUCGUUCUGAGAGGAGCUGCAUGGUUGAUCUGCCUGGUGGGCCUUUGGAAAUCCAAUGGAGAGAGGAAGACAAUCAUGUUCACAUGACUGGACCUGCUGAGGUAGUGUUUUAUGGAUCUGUAUCUCUUUGAUUUAACUUGGAUGAUUCAUGGAUUACCUGAUGAUAUUGAGGGAUGGUUUUACCAGGAUCUUGUAGAACUAUAUAUUUACGUGCUACAAUGCUAGCUGUAGGGUAGGGCUAGUCAAUUCUCAAAUCUUGAAGUCUUUUUUAUAUAUGUAACAGUUGUACAACUCUAGCAUGUUUCUAAAAAAUGCUUGCUUUUGAUGA